UUUUGGAACACCGGUACAGUCCGCCGCGUCGGAUGAAAGCCAGUUUGUCAGCUUGAAAUUCACGUAAGAAGAACGACGCCGGUUGCUUGAAGAAAUACGACAGCGUUUGGAGCUGAUUGGCUCCUGCGCGCCGAUCGAUCCGAGUGACCGAAGACGGUAUCAAACGUGGCGGUCAAGCACGCUAGUGGUCGGUGGUGACCAGAUGUGAACGGCGUCAAUUUCUAUUUUGUUGUGCACAAGAAAUCGUUAGUUUUAUUAUAGUGAAACAACGGGCUGGAUUCCAUUGGCAUAAAUACAUUGUAGCUGUAAGGAAUAGAUGAAGUCGAAUAGCAAAUAGCUUUCGGUGUUAACGUUGGAUUGAUUGCUAUAUUACUACUGAAGACUGACUUUUGACCAAAGGAUAUAUACUGAACGGAUAAUCAACAAAGUGCGUUUGCAGAACGACGAAAAUACGGGCAGCGAUAAAAGCAGCAACAGCAGCAGCUCGUCACAGCUCUGCUGAGGUGGCGAUAUCGAAAAUGGGCCACCGGCCGCCAACGUGGGCCGCUAUCGGCCUUCUCGUGUUAUUGUAUUAUAUCUCAACCACAUUUGCCGCGUUGUGCGAUAUUCACGACAAUGAAAAGGUUAUCAUUAUGGAUAUCCUUGAGAGCCAAGGACAACAGUUUAAUCAGAAGACAAGCCCUGUAUAUCUACCGAUAGAAGGAAAAGGCGACGAAAUUGAGAUAAGUGUAAUAUCCUCUUCGAAAGAUGCUUUCGCAGUUCUUGGCGAACAACUAGUACUUCAAAAGCCUCUCGAUCGAGACGCGGAGGACCUCUCAUCGGUUCGAGUUCAACUACGAUGCGCAGCCAAAAAUGGAUCCCGAAAGAAGGUUAUUCAAGUGCUGGUACGCGUCAACGACAUUAACGACAACGCGCCAGUUUUUAGUAGCAAGAAUUACACAACGUCCGUUUCGGAAGAGGCCCCCGUUGGUACAAUGGUAUUUGCAAAUUUCACAGCUACGGAUCUCGAUGCGGGCGUCAAUGGACUUGUGGAAUAUUUCGUUGAGGGCACUGAAAAGGGGGACGAGGCCGACUCCAAUGACGCGGCGCAUUUUUUCAGCGUUGAUUCACCUCACCAGGGAAUUGUUACGAUCAAACGGCCCCUCGACUACGAGCGUGCACAGGUCUAUUACUUGCGAGUGAUUGCUGUCGACAAGGCAGUAAAUAUUGAGGAUCGACAAACUUCAACAACCACACUUACGAUUAACAUCGAGGACGCCGACGAUCUUCCGCCAAUGUUCUUCUACCCGGGCUGUACGGCUCACAACCUAAAUGGUGUUUGUGAAGGUGUUCAGUAUCGCGGAGAAGUGGCUAGUGGGGCGAUUGAAGGGGCGCUGAAGCUGCGACCGGACACGAUCUACGCACGGGAUCAAGACUCAAUGGACCAUCCCAUCCAAUACUCGUUCGUGGAUGGAACGCCAUCAGAUUUUCGAAGUAUUUUUGAAAUUAACAUUACAACCGGUAUCGUCAGUCAGAUCGCACCAGCCUCGAGAGCCGUCACCACACAUUACAGUAUUACUGUCAAAGCCGAGGAACAGUCGGAAUAUCGUCGCUUUGCCCUGGCCUCACUUACGGUGGAAGUACUCGUCGCCGAUCUCCACCCGCCAGUGUUGUCGGCCAACGUUUUUGAAGGAUACGUUGACGAAACCUCGCCGGUUGGCACCCGUGUUAUGUCCUCACCUCGUGGGGGAGACCCAAUCAUGUUUCAGGUCACCGAUGAAGAUUAUUCCGAAAAAGAGCAGUAUUACUCUUUCGCGGUAUCAACAAUAGUUUUCAAGGUUGACGCGGAAGGGUUCCUGGUAGUUGGAGAGCCUCAACUCGAUCGAGAUUCGCCGAACCCAAAUGUCUACGAAUUCGAAGUUCAAGCCAAAGAGGUUGGAACUCCAGAAGGCCGCGGCCUUUCACGUCCAAUUCAACUACGUGUUCAUCUUAAUGAUGUCAAUGACAACUCGCCUGUCCUGCCGCUGAUCAACCCAGUUACACUUGAAAGCGGUGAUGGAAUUCGUACUGUCAUGAAGGUCGAAGCUUCCGAUAAUGACGAAGGUGACAAUGCACGAGUAGCAUACUCAAUUUAUCACAUUAGCAAUAACGGUGCGGAACGCUUUGCGAUAGAUCCGGAGACUGGGGAACUCCGUGUGAUGACUCCUGUUGACGCAGGCGAGCAGUUCUCAAUCACAGUUCAGGCGACGGAUGGCGGCGGGCUUUAUACACAAGGCAUUAUCGAGGUGAUGGUGAUACCCGGGCCGAAUCUUGGAGGGCCCAUUUUCACGCAAGAUGAAUACUAUGCAGAGGUGGCUGAAGGUUCGCCUGUUGGUGUACCUGUAACAACUGUGAAAGCAAGCGAUCCCGAACGCGGAGUCGUCUACUAUUCAAUCGUCGAUGGAAACUUCGGAGGCAGUUUCUCCGUAGAUCAGGAGACAGGGACCGUAUUUGUGGUCGGCCGACUCGACAGAGAGAGCAAGGAUAGUUAUAACCUUACGUUAAAGGCCUCGGAUAGUGGAGAUUUGUACAACGUGGCAUCACUGCUUGUCAAUAUAGCAGAUAUUAACGACGAGGUCCCACAGUUUACUGAAAGUAUAUACAAGUUCGUGGUGCCUGAAGGUGUUUCUGCAGCUCUUGUAGGCCAGGUGAACGCCACCGACAGGGACACCGGAGUAAAUGCCGAGAUCAAGUACUCGAUGGAAGAUCCCACCCUUACAUUCAGUAUAAACGAGGUUAACGGCAGCAUCUACAAUAAUAGGCCGCUGAAUUUUGAAACUGAAAAGGAUUUUGUUAUGGUUGUCACGGCCACUGACCGCGGUGAAAAUAUGCUAAGCGCCAAGGUUGAGGUUCGAGUUCGUGUUCAGGAUGAACAGGAUGAAGUGCCAAUCUUUGAGAAAAAUUUCUACGAAGUUGAUAUUAAGGAGAAUAUGCCCAAUACUUCUCUCAUAAAGAUUGAAGCGGUGGAUCCUGACACAGAGAAACAAAUAACUUAUGUUAUCAAAGAAGGCGAUAGGCGGCUCUUCAGCAUUAAUUCAGUGACAGGAAUGAUAUCAACACUCAAGGGACUCGACUUUGAAAUAGCAUCCCUUCACACCCUAGUGGUCGGUACACUUGAGAAUCAAAAUGAAAAUGACCCUAAGUCCACGGCCACAAUCAAGGUGAUUGUGGUCGACGUCAAUGAUAAUGCCCCUAAAUUUGUGACCCCACCACUGCCAACACGCCUGCAGGAUUCUGCCCCUGUGGGCACAAUGGUUGCCACGAUGGUCGCGAACGACGAAGAUGGCACGGUGCCUCUAAACGUUGUCAAGUACGAGCUUAUCGGUCAAGGGCGAGCAUUGAAUUUCUUUACAAUCGAUUCAAACUCUGGUAUGGUCACUGUUAAAGACGACUUAAAGAAGGAACCUACUUCGGAGUACACCAUCGAUGUAAAGGCCUACGAUCAAGGCGAACCAUCGCUUAGUACCAGCCUGUCGUUUAUCGUCUACGUCGAACAUUUGGCCACUGUACAGCCUGACUCCGGAAUCGGCUUUGUUGAUGGUCACUUCCAAGUGGAGCUAGACGAAAAUGUUGCCGAACACACGCUCCUCAAAGCCAUACCGGUAGUGAACCGCCCGCCACGUGCUCAUAUCGAUUGCCACAUUAGCAGUGGAAAUGAACGAGGUCAUUUUUACGCAAAGAUGAGCUCUCAAGGUGAAUGCGAAGUUCGUGUUGCUCAGCAGGUUCGGCUCGACUACGAGAACCUUCAACAAUAUCAAUUGGCUGUACGGCUUGCGGCCAGCGCCGGAGUGUUCAGUGCGUCUCGGCUUACUGCACAGCUAACUGUUGAUAUCCGUGACGUGAACGAUAACCGGCCUGUAUUUAUCGUACCUCCUGGUAUUGCUGAUCUUAGUGGCAAUAGUUACCUUGGCGCUUUACCUAUCGAUAGUCCUGUUGGAUACGAGAUAUUGACGGUGACCGCUGAGGACAUGGAUUCCGAGGGCAACGGUCGUGUCAGCUUCGAAAUCGUUCCGGAAACGAACAAGGGCGAAUUUUUCACGAUAAAUCCUAACAGCGGCAUGAUUUCGUCAAUUAGAGCUUUCGACGAGGCUCAGAAUCAUUCUAUGCCAAUUAAACUCAAGAUAGUUGCUCGAGAUAACCCAGUUGACCCGGGAGCUACUCUCAGUCAGAGAGUUAACGUUUAUAUCAACUUGCUCACGCGAGAUAACCAGCUAUGCCUUGUGAUGCCCGAUAUGUCGCAAGAGAAGGUCCGCAAGAUGAAAGACCGUUUGGCAUCAAUCAUCAAAAAGCAAUCGCAUAUGCUUGUAGGCGUGCAUCUUAUUGGACCAAUGGAAUUCGUACGUAAUAAUACUGUGGAACACGACGGAAGCGGUACCGAUCUCUGGUUCCAUCUCAUUGAUCCACAAACACUUAAGGCUGUUAGCGUUAAGGAUCGUCGAAUUCGAUCGCUCGUUGCUAAGGGUGACCUACAAGCUACAGCCAUGUGGGGUCAAUUCUACCACGAUGUUGGCAUCAAUGUAAAAGCAGUCCGUCAACAAAUUGUCGUGCUUCCGCCAACUACAACGGAAACACCUGAGAUAAUCGAAAUCCGUGGCGCGAAACGGAGCAUGGUCUUCCUUCGCGAGAUGUCUGAUCUAGGAGCGGUACUAAUCGGAGUUGGCGUCCUUAUCUUCAUUUUCGGCAUUUUCGGAAUCGUAUACCAUUGUUGUGCGUGGAAAAGAUUUCUGAAGCAACAAGAGUUGGCCGCGCAGGCAGCUGCAAUUCCGCCCAAGCCCAAACUUUUCCCGGUACCACCGGUACCUCAAAGUCCACGUUAUGAACCCGUAUACGCGGAGUCUUCGAUGAAGGAAUAUGAGACACAAGUACUGCAAAUGAGCGUCAAUAUCGAUGAUGGACCUGGAGGCACCGUACGGGGUUUGCCAUUCACAAACCCCAAUGAAGUGACAUACAUGUCACGCAGCCAGCUUGAUCUUAGUCCGUGCACUGCGCAGAGUAAAGCGUCAACACAACGCCUUUCGAGCGAAGAGGGCAGCCCGCACGUCGUGACCAAGAAUCCUCUCUACGAAGCAAUUUCUGACGACGAUUUCGACGACUCACAAGCGAAACGGAGACCGCCAAAAUAGGUGAUCGUCGGGUGCCAGAAAAUGACUCGAGUAUACUCUAGAGGAAAGCAUGCCCGCUAUACGGUGCCACGAGACGAGAUUUGCCCCCUGCGACAUUGAGCCUGCUUGCGAAAAUGAAAACAGCCAUUUCGUAUCGAGCGAAGAAAAUAGCCUUCGUUUUCAGGGGAUUGUUCCACCACUAUGGAGAUACGAUCAGGAAAAGGCAAUAACUGUGGGGCAAAACUCGCAACUUAAUUGAGCUUUCCUUGUAUUUAGUAAUUAUGGUAAUAAUUAUAUAGUUGGUUAGGGAGACGGUUGAUCACUUGUCGUUCGUAAACUACAACCCUUGAUUUUACUAAUGGGAAACGAAUGCAAUCGUGUACAUUUGGUAACUAUUUUAUGGUAGCUCAGAUUUGAUACUUAAUGUUGCAUACGACGGCUGCGUUGUGUUAAAGAAAAGCUGACUCUCUAUCUAGUUUAGUGGGCUUGGGUCGAACCUAGCUAAUCUAAAAAACUAAUAUUCAUUUGACUUCAUAGCAAGGAACGCUCGACACGUCUAAGAUGGAACAGUAAAAGACGAUGCCAUUUGAUUAUGUAGCAGGUCACAGAGCAUUUUCAUGAUUUCUAUCAUUCUUAUUGUUUGAAAACUGUCCCAAUGAAUCGUCUAUUAUUUAUUUUCUGAAGACCUGCCAAUCACGGCGCGAAGGAUCGGCCAUUGGCUCAACAGCUCAGGUAUACUACCGCGCAGAUCCCGUUUGAGGUCGUGUACACAGGAGACAAAUUUGGAAACCGAAUGAAACGCCGCCCGUUAAUUAUCAAAUAGAUAAUACUAUGCAAUACGCAAUCGGUACUCAUGACAGCUUAUGACAGACAAUAUGACAGGGAAUGAGCGUGCUUUCAGAGCAAUUGCGUAUCUACUCAGCCUGGAACGGACAAGUUACCUGCGUAAUGCUACAAACGUGUGUUAGUAGUUAGAGUUUCAACUGGUUGCCUGGGUGAAGAGCCCUAUAGCUUUGAGCUAGAUUCAAUUGAGAUCGGCCAGAGGCUGACUCGAUGUAAAAGGUCUAUUAGAUGUCGGCUCAGGGCCGAUUCAAACACGGACGGAGAGCCUGAUCUAGUUUUGCUUUUAAGUAUAGUAUAAGACGAGAUCGCACGUGACACGGCUAACAGGCCAAGACGAUCUAUACAUGCUACGACGUGCAAUACUGGAGGUGGCAUCUGAGCCAACGACAGGGAAUAAGCCGGGGUCAAAAUGUGAUGUGUACUGGGACCUGGAGAGGAAAGGCCAGCGAAAAACUGUAAAUACGAGGCAUAAAACAUCAUAAGUAGAAAGGUGACGGCGAUGAAAAAUUACUUUAUGACCACAAAUUGAAUUCAUGGGCAAGCGAACGAGUGAACAUCGAACAUUACAAACAAAAACAAAAAAUAGAGACAAACGAAACUGGAGAGAAUGCUGUCAAAAAGGACAAUGGGUGAUUCUGUUCUGAAUGUGUAAAUAAUUCAAGAAAGAAAAAUAAAAAUAUCUAGGCAUUAACAAC